AUGGCUGACAUCUCCCAGUCGUUGGAGAAUGUCUCUUUCCAGUCAAACAUGAUGGAUGUUGAUGCUUCCUAUAGAACUCCUGUUAAGGAACCUUACAAUAAGGAAAACAUCACUCCCAUCAACUCGCCUACCAAGCUGGUGCUUCAUACUUCUCCAUUGGGGAAGUCUCAGCCAUUGACGCCUCAGGCUCAUAAUAUAAAGCUUCAGAACGACAUCAAUAGGCUUCAGCCUCAGAACUCCUUCUUGGGACCUGAUUUCCAUUCAAAGGCCAAUGCAGCAAAGACUAAGAGACUUACAUCUGUCGCUCAGCUUUAUUUCUUGGAUUAUUACUGUGACAUGUUCGAUUAUGUGAUUUCUAGACACGAGAGAUCGAAGUUGGUCCAGGCCCGUUUGCAGAGUGACCAGAACUAUGCUGCCAACCCAAAGAGAGCUCAACUUGAGUGGAAGAGCUAUGUUGGCAGAGAGAGGGCGCUUCUACGUAAACGUAGAAUCAAGCCAAAGCAUAAGGAUUUCGAAAUGAUCACCCAGGUCGGUCAAGGUGGUUACGGUCAGGUAGAGGUUUGCGCCUUGAAGAUUUUGAAUAAGAAGCUUUUGCUCAAGCUUGAUGAGACCAGACACGUCUUGACUGAAAGAGAUAUCUUGACCAACACUAGGUCUGAUUGGUUGGUGAAGUUGUUGUACGCCUUCCAGGACGCUGAAAAGGUCUUUUUGGCUAUGGAAUUCGUCCCUGGUGGAGACUUUAGAACCUUGCUCAACAACACUGGCUACCUCAUUCCUCCACAUGCCAGAUUUUACAUCGCUGAAAUGUUCGCCUCGGUCAACUCCUUGCAUGAUCUUGGUUUCACCCAUCGUGACUUAAAGCCAGAGAACUUCUUAAUAGACUCAAAGGGUCAUAUCAAGUUGACUGAUUUUGGUUUGGCUGCUGGUACUGUCUCAAAUGACCGUAUUGAAUCUAUGAGAGUGAAGUUGGCAAACUUACAGGAUUUGGACCACUACGAGGUGCCUUCCAAACUCAUGUACGAACGUCAAAAGAUCUUCAAGCAGUCACAAGGUCAUCACAACCUUGCUAAUUCUAUUGUCGGAUCCCCCGAUUAUAUGGCUCUUGAAGUUUUGGAGGGAAAGAACUACGAUUUCACAAUCGAUUAUUGGUCAUUGGGAUGCAUGCUCUUCGAAGCACUUUGCGGUUACCCACCAUUCAGUGGUAGUAAGCAAGAUGAAACAUACUAUAACUUGAAGCAUUGGAAGAGCGCAUUGAGAAGACCUCAGACAAGAGAUGGCCGUUUCGUGUUCUCUGAUAGAACUUGGGCAUUGAUCACUAAAUUGAUCGCUUCUCCAUCUAGCCGUAUGCGCAACUUCAAGCAAGUUCAAGCACAGCCAUACUUCAAUGACAUUCGUGAUUGGGAACACUUGAGAACCAAGACGCCUCCCUUCACGCCACAGCUUGAUAAUGAAGAGGAUGCUGGUUACUUUGACGACUUCGAGGAUGAAGAGAGCAUGGCAAAGUACAAGGACGUCUUUGCCCGUCAGGAACAGAACGAGUCGCUUCUAGAUGGCUCCAAGGCUCCUGGUAGGAAGAUCGCCAACAACUUCAUCGGGUUCACUUUCAAGCACAAGCUGAACCCCAACAAUCGUUUCCAAAACGGAGAGAUCAACUUGCUUGCUGGCCCACAAGGUGGAUUUGGUGGUAACCGUUUGGAUCCCUUGGCUACAUUAUACUAG